AUGGACAACACGGAGAACCGCAACGAAGUGAAGGAGGCGGGUAUCGCCAUGGGUGAUGAGGUUGCCCACGGCGGCCCGAACGAAGAGGCUGCGGUCACCCAGGCCGAUGCGCCUGAUCCUCAGGUGCAGGGAGGGACUACGGCCGACCUUGUCGAGUCGACCACUUCGGAAGCUGCGACGCCGCAGUCUGCGCCGGAGGUGGUCGCUGAGGACAAAGCCAAUUCGGUUCCUCCACCAAAUCACAGCACGAUCAUUUCUGAGGAUGAUCGUGCAAAACUGCGUGACCUUGUCGACAUGAUUGUAUCAUUUGGCAAUAGAGUUGCUGAGUCUCGGGGUGAGGCUGAUGAUGAGGAGGAGGAAGAGGGCGCUGUGCAGGAAGAUGAAGUCCCUUUCGAGCGCAUCCCUCAGACGGUUACGUGCAGCAACAUUGUGCAUUUGUUGAACAUCCCUCCUGAAAUCGAUAUGGAGGCGUUGGCCACUGCUAUUAGCAGCAUGGCCGAUAUCAUUUUACAUUCUUAUGUUUUCAAGGGUACCCAGCUGAAGAUAGUAUUUGUGGACGCGUCGAUCGCAAGCGAGGCGCGGCAGCUUCUGGACGGUCUGCGACUCCACAAUCGCGUCAUUCAAGUUGUGCUGAGUACCCAGGACGACGCGAACCCAUUGCAGCCACCUCAGGGGGCUCCGACCCCUCGUGCCGACAGCAACGCACCGACACCACGCACAGCAUCGAAAACGAAGCACCCUCACAAACCACGCGGGGCUCCACGCAUGGCCCCAGCUCCCCCGGUAUUUAAACUGCCACCACUACCGCCCAGGCUAGGCCGCUCAGCGCCCCCUAUGAACCCGUCGCACCGCGGCCCGCCGCUCCCGAUACCGCUGCUGCCGCCCGGCAGGUUCCCAGAUGCGCCGGAGCGUUUGCUGGUACCGCCGAUGAGCUCAGUGCCGCCACUUGACCCGCCGUCCAAAAUCGUCUUCGGACGGAACCUGCAUAAGCUGGGGGGCAUGUCGCUGUUCGACAUGCUUUCUUCGCAGCCCCAAGUGUGCAACUGGAGCCCUGAUCAAAGUGUGGAGGAACAGCAGCGGCACUUUGACAAGUUGUAUGAGGAGUUCGGUACAUCUAACCGCUACUUGCUGUUGGGCAAACUGCCGGAGUCGGCGACGGAGACCAUCAGUGCGGCGCGGGAGUGGUUGUCGCGGUACACGCAAAAGAAGCCGGAUGUCGAGAUUUGCCGCCUCGAACAGUAUGCUGCCGACCUCAAGCUACCGAGUGACAAGUUCUUGCACAUCACGUUCCAGCGGCGUGCGGACUGCACGGAGUUUUUCGCGGCUAUGACCAAGAAGGCCCCGGAAGUGGUGUGCCGGUUCUCUUGCCCCAGGACGGCCUACGAUACAAUAUGGGUCGGCAACGUUACCGACAUUCUCUCGUACUGCCGGGGCGAGGAAGACAUGAAGGAACUGUUUGCACGUCUCGGUGAGGUGAAGGCGUGUACGUUCACGCCAGAAAAGGGGUGCUUUUUUGUAACAUACGCUUCGGUAGAAGACUCCAUCCGCGCCCGCAACCGCCUGCUCGGCGCCUUGUUCUCUCCAGUGAAGGCUUUUGCAUUGAACGUCGACUUCACCCUGGACGUUGUCACCCGGUACUCGCACCGUGGCAAGAUGCCAUUGCCUGGCCCACGUGGGAUACCCGUCAGCUGUUUGCCCCAGAAGUUGGGUGAACGUCUGUUGUCCGCUCUGCAGCGACGAGCGGACGGAAACGCGGUGAUCCGACAGCUGUUGGACGGCCGCGAUAGCGAUGCGGUGGAUUUGCUGACCAAGGGCGCCACCCGGGGGCACCCAAAACGGCCAUACGAUGGCAGGCCGAUGCGUGCCCCCACGCCAAAGCACCCCUGGCACCAAGACACGCCCCCGUGGCCCAAGACGCGCAAGCGCCCCCACCAGCCGCCGGACCAGCAACAUGAGCAACAUAAGUAUCGCAAAUCUGGCCCAUCGUCCGCUGAGUUCGGACCCGUGGAGCAAAGGAAUCCGAAUACGCGAGGUCGUUUCCCCCGGCGCCAGCAGUCGCGAGUGCCGGCUGAUCGCAGCGGCGAGGACCACUCAACCGACGAGUACGCGGAGGCCAGCCCAAACAGACCCAAGAGCGCAUACACGCUCGUGUGCAACCUGCUGAAGCGCAGCAAGCCGAUUUGCAAGGUAUCUUCGAUCUUUCUGCGCGGCGACAUCUCUCACCGCGUGCCCCAGACCUUGGAUGUGAACCAGCGGGCCAACCCAGAGCGUCUGGUAAAUUGCCUGCAGAAGACCCCGGAGCUUUCGCUGUGGAAGAUGGUCGCAGAGAGCGAGGAGGACAAUGAGCGGUACGACAGCCUUUGCGAAUACCUGCUGUCGAAGAACCGCGUCGCCAUCGUGCAGGAUGGCCCAUACGAAAUCUACAUCGUGCCGCCCGCGGAGCAGUCGACGCUGGCGGCGCACCUGCCCGAUACACAGUCCAUGUACGCGUUCGUAUUGCCGAAAGGCUCGUAG